AUGGACGACAUCAUCUUCGUAGGAGCCACGCCAAAACAACAGACCCCGAAACGGAAGGUCGAUUCUCCAGGCAAACCGGCAUUGGCAAGAGCCGCCCCAGCACAAGCCUGUGUCCUCACGCCUUCUGUCGUUGAACGGCAUAACGAGCUUGCCGAAGUGGUGCAACACUGCAGUCCCUCGAAGAAUCCCCCAUCGGAAGAAGAAGAAGAAGCCUUUAUGCUCGCGACGCGCCAUGCCCUAGAACAAGCACUGGGAAAACAAACCCUAGAACAGCAUGGAGCGCUCCUGAAGCAAGAGAAGAAAUGCACAGAAGACUACAUCGCGCAGCUCGAAGAAGCCGUAAACCAGAAAACCGGCAUAGACUCCCCGAUGCAGAAUGCGCUGGUACAGGGAGAACUCGCCAUGUGGAAAGCUCGAGCCUCGGGGCAGGAUGAAGCUACAAAGACGGAAAUGCGGCUGCUCAGAAAAUGGAACGAUCAGUUGCAGCAGGAGAAGGAUGGGCUUGAGGCGAGUGUAGAGGAGAUGAAGAAGGAGAACAGGGCGCUCAAAGCUGAAGUUGAGAUGUUGAAGAGUGCGAAGCGACAAAUGAAUGGGAGUGAGGUGAAGAUCCUCCGCACACGCAACGUGCAGCUCGAGGAAGAAAAAAUACAACUUGAAAGCAGCAUGCAGCUCCUUAAAGACGAGUGUAGCUCUUUGAAAACACGGCUCUCCUCUUCCAUCACCACCACCACCACUACCACUACCAAGCACAACAACAACAGCAGCAGCAGCAGCACCGAAGCGAAAAAAACGAACCAAGUCGAUGACCAUGAUGCCGAUGCUACAAACACCCCUUCAUCUUCUUCCUCCACCGACAUCAAGCAAGCCAAAAAGCGAGCUCGAGAUCUCAAACGCCGCAACAUGGCCUUGCACAAGGAAAACGCCGCGCUGGCGGAUAAACUGGGUAUGCUGGAAAUGCAGCUGCAAGAUCAAACUGCGAUUUGUGCGCAGCAGCUGCGCGAAGAAGCAGCGGAGAAGGAAGAUGCGCUCGCGGAUAAAGAAGUGCAGAUUGCGGAAUUGCAGAAACGUGUUGAGGUGUUGGAGAUGGAGGUGGAGAUGGUGCAGCGAUCACGGCACGGCGGCUCUGUCGAACUUGGGACUCAGGAGGCGAGUUAA